CGGACGUAUGUUUCGUAUUCGCGCCAAACUUCUUCGUAACUCCUCGAUUUCAUAAACUUGUAUUAUGAUAUGUUUCAAUAAAUGAUAGGUUUAAUAUUGUGAUUAUAUUCUUUAGAAUAGAAAAUAAAGUGACUUCUUGUUUUAAAGACACUGAGUGAUGUUUAUUUUUUUGUGUAACUGCAACGUGUUUGGUUCAACGGACUGAGAAGGAUAAAAAUAAUGAAUUCAACGCGUUACAAUAAUUAACAGUUGUGUAGUGUUGUGCAUACAAGUGACUGUGAUCAAGUAAGAUGCGGACUAUGAGAGCCUUAGCUCUAGCUGUACGUUGGUUUGCGUUCCUAGUUGUUGGCGUAGAAUGGCAAGUCUAUUCCCAGGCUGUGCAACAAACAUCAGAAGUAGACAGUUCCUACAACUUUUAUUAUGAACAACCGUGUUGUACCGGACCUGUUAUUAAGAGCAAAUAUCAUGUCAGACAUAAGAGAGAUCAUGUACGAGAAUUCUCCUGCGGCACACUCUACUAUAGAACCUUCUUUGUGGAUUCCAAACGCGAUGCGCUCUACGUCGGAGCGAUGGAUCGACUAUAUCGACUUAACAUGAACAACAUCAGCUCGUCACACUGUGAUAGAGAUUCCAUAAAUCUGGAACCCAGCAAUGUUGCUCAAUGUGUCUCCAAGGGAAAAUCUGAACACUUCGAUUGCCGAAAUCACGUCAGAGUGAUCCAGCCAAUGGGGGAUGGAUCAAGACUGUACGUCUGCGGAACAAAUGCCCACAGCCCUAAAGAUUGGGUGCUUUAUUCCAACCUGACGCACCUGCCUCGUCACGAGUACGUGCCGGGCAUCGGCAUGGGCGUCGCCAAGUGUCCGUACGAUCCGGCCGACAACUCCACCGCCUUGUGGGUGGAAAAAGGCAACCCUGGCGCCCUGCCCGCUUUGUACUCGGGAACUAAUGCCGAGUUCACAAAAGCAGACACCGUGAUCUUCAGAACCGACCUGCAUAACUUGACAACGGGCCGUCGGGAGUUUUCUUUUAAGCGGACUUUGAAAUACGACUCCAAAUGGCUGGACAAACCAAAUUUCGUCGGCUCAUUCGACGUCGGCGAGUACGUGUUGUUCUUCUUCCGCGAGACCGCCGUGGAGUAUAUCAACUGCGGCAAAGCGGUGUACUCGCGGGUGGCGCGGGUCUGCAAGCGAGACACGGGCGGGAAAAAUAUUCUCAGCCAGAAUUGGGCUACAUACUUAAAAGCUCGUCUCAACUGCAGCAUACCAGGAGAAUUUCCGUUCUACUUCAAUGAGAUACAGAGUAUCUACAAGGUACCUGGUGAUGACAGCCGUUUUUACGGAGUCUUUACAACAGCUUCGACGGGGUUGAUGGGGUCUGCAAUUUGUACCUUUACAAUUGGAGACAUUCAGAAAGCAUUCGAAGGUAAAUUCAAGGAGCAAGCGACGUCCAGCUCCGCAUGGCUGCCCGUCAUUAGCAGCAGAGUCCCUGAACCAAGACCUGGGACCUGUGUUAAUGACACCUCAUCUCUGCCUGAUACAGUGCUUAAUUUUAUAAGGUCACAUCCACUGAUGGACAGUGCAGUGUCACACGAACAUGAAAAACCAAUUUACUACAAACGAGACCUGUUCUUUACCCGCUUGGUGGUGGACAGGGUGAAGGUGGACAUGUUAGGACACCAGCUGGACUACACAGUCUACUACGCAGGCACUAAUGAAGGUAAAAUUCAUAAAAUCGUGCAAUGGACUCGGAACGGCGACAGCCAGUCAGCUUUACUUGACAUCUUCGACGUUACUCCCGGCGAACCAAUUCAGGCAAUGGCGAUAUCCCGCGUGCACGGCUCCUUGUACGCAGCGUCAGAUAGGCGCGUGCUACAACUACGCCUUGCACUGUGCGCGCGCCGUUACGAUGCAUGCGUGCGUUGCGCACGCGAUCCUUACUGUGGAUGGGACCGGGAUGCUGGCGUGUGUAGGGAAUACAUGCCAGGGUUAAUACAAGACGUGGCAAAUGAAACAGCAGAUAUAUGUGACUCAUCCAUCGCCCGCAAGAGCGUGUCUGCGACUUGGGGUCAGAGCCUACACCUUGGCAGCUUCGUGAAAAUGCCAGAAGUAUUGCAACCCAGAGCCGUCACGUGGUUUCACUACUCCAGAGAUAAAGGAAGGCAUCCUAUUACUUUUAAUAAGCCGGAAAAAUACAUCGAAACAUCAGAGCACGGUCUGCUCAUCAUAUCAGUGACGGAGGCUGACGCGGGCCGCUAUGACUGCUGGCUUGGCGGGUCUCUGCUCUGCUCCUACAACAUCACUGUCGAUACGCACAGAUGCUCACCGCCUGAAAAGAGUAACGAGUAUCAGAAGAUCUAUUCGAACUGGUGUCACGAAUUUGAAAAAUACAAGACAGCUAUGAAGACUUGGGAAAGAAAACAAGAGCAAUGCUCGAGACAGAACGACUCGAAUCAGAACACUCAUCCGAAUGAGAUUGUGUGAUAGCUUCUGAACAUCGCCUAUCUCAUGUUUCAAUCAGUCAACUACUAUGCCGGAGCGAUACCAGUGCCGUACGUCUCAGCGGGCCUCAAAUACUUCAAUAUAUUCUCGUGAAUUAUUCAUAAUUAUCAGUGAAGAGCUCAAUGACUAUAGUGCCCCAUUAAUGCCAAGACUAAUAAAAAUAUAGUGAAAGCGAACAAAGGAGAAAAAAAUAAUUCAAUUUGAAAAUAAACCAGGUUUAAUAACUCAAGCGCCCAACGUAGUGAACCAAGUGCCCCAUAUAAAUUGAAUAACUAUAAUAUAACAGUGUUAAUGAGCAUUUAAAUAUUUUAAAAGUCAAGAUUAAUAACAAUAAAACAUCUCAGAAACGGAUUUGUUAAUAAAGGGCAUGAACAGGAAGACCAAACACUUAAAUAACAAUUCAGUAUUAAUUGACUUCAAAUAUAACUAAAAUAUCUAUAAAAUCAGUGAAUAAAAGCUCAAGUGAAUCACAACUUUAGUAUUAAAUGUUAAAUAGCAGAGAAAUUAAUAAUUUGAUAUCGUGAACUUAGUGUACCGUUAGAUUUUGUGAACUCUUCGUGACCUGUGACAGAACAGUUUCAACAACACAGCAGAACAUGAGAAGGCGAUUGGAUAAAAAAAAAUGGACCUCAUUUAUUAAAAUUAAGGAGAGUUUCCUAGCGUCGUGCGUUGCUUUGUUGGAAUAUUGAAUGUAAAAAAGGAUUUAUCUAAAUUUUAAUGUAAGUACGCUUCUUUCGUUGAAUAAGUAGAGUUUGUUAGUAAUCAAAAUCGAAAUUAAUUUUGGAUAUAAACUAUAAAUUAUCAGCGCAUUUUAAUUGCUAUACGCCAUAUCUGUAGUGAGCGAGUGCUAUUUCAUAAUUAUUUACUGUAUUUAUUCCCCGUUAUUUCCUAUUCCGCUAGCGAUC